AUGAGCAUAACACCAACAAGAGAAGCUGUUCUUUUAUCGUAUAGAAAUAUUUAUCGCAUCUUGAGAACCACAAGAGAAUUAACCGGAAGUACGGAAGCCCUCAAAUAUGUUCAAUCACAAUUCCGUGCUAACAAACAAAAUCCAGAAAUGUUUAAAAAGGCCAAACUCUAUGAAGGAUAUGUAACAACACUAAAGGAUUAUUCGGAAUUGAUUCAAAUGUACAAGGUCGGAAAAUACGAACCAACAUUGAACGAUUUAUUGAAGAAAUCAGCUACAAUUGCUGGUGUUUCUCUCACUCCAAAAUCACAAAACUAA